CUUCAUCACUGCCACAUUUGCCUUGCCCUCCCUCCUCAACCUUAGCUUCGUGGCUUCCCGCCUUCUGUCUUUCUUCUACCGAAUCUUGUUUCUACUUCGUGCCGCCCUCCACAAUUUCUUCACUAAGCUACCUUAGUAUCCCAACUACUGGCCGACCAGCCACAGUCCGGCCACUCUCCAUUCACUCCCUCCUUUUUCCCCUGUCGCCGAUCUACUUCUCUCUUCUCGUCUCUUUUUAGUCCGAGACCCUCCCUGAGACCCUCCUCGCGUCCCUUCUCCAAUUCCGUUACUUGUUCACCUUCUCCCCUCCAAACUCCAAUUCCAACGAGGCCACCCGGUCUACCUCGUCCAUUGCAAAGGCUACAAUUGCAUGCGUCGAUACAGCAUCGCAAGCUGAGCGCCUUGCUAAUUGACUCGGUCAUCCCACACUAAGCUGCUCCGCGCGGCGCCCGAGAGCUUCACAAGAUGGCUUCCGCACUCGAGAAGAACGAGCUCAAGGUUCAGGGUGUCGUCGAGGCUGCCCAGGAUCCCGAAUCGAACGUCUCUGCAGACGAUGCUCAGAAGAAGAUAGUCGAGGAGUCCAAGAAGGCUGGCAUCACCGCCUUCACCUUCGACCCGGAUGCGAGCCCUGAAGAGAAGCGCCGCCAAGCUGCAGCUGCUGUUCCCGCAGGCUUCCAUUCCCAGCGAACCAAGGGUAUUUCAGUCGUAACCGAUGUAGCUGAUUCGAGCGCUCCCGUCACCGAUCUUCCACCCCCGACCAAAGAAGGCGUCAUCGAGUUGCCCAAGGACAAGGACGGGAACACGAUCAAGACCAACGAUCCCCAAAGCCAGGACGAAGAACCGUACACGAGAACUGGUUGGGCCCCGAGGUUCGGCUGGCCCGCUGACGACCUCCAUGAUGCGGCAAGUCUCCUAGAUCACUCGACCUGGCUCGAAAGCAAUAUCCCGGAUAAAUUCUACGGAGACUGGUACCAUAAUGCCGCCAUCAUUGCCUUUGCCUGUAUCUCCUCAUGGCUCGUUGCUGUUUUGGGCGGAGGCCUUGGCUGGGUCUUCAUUCUCAUGGCUGUGUGCUCAACUUACUACCGGACUUCUAUUCGCCGAGUCAGGCGCAACUUUCGCGACGACAUCAACAGAGAACUUUCGCUGAAGAAACUUGAGACUGAAACCGAAUCGCUCGAGUGGAUCAAUUCCUUCAUGCUCAAGUUCUGGCCUAUCUAUCAACCCGUUCUGGCACAGACCAUCAUCAACUCUGUUGAUCAGGUUCUCAGUGGUGCUACUCCCGCCUUCCUCGAUAGCUUGAAGCUCAAGACGUUCACUCUCGGCUCGAAGCCCCCACGGAUGGAGCACGUAAAGACGUACCCCAAAGCUGGAGAUGACACUGUCAUCAUGGAUUGGAAAUUUAGCUUCACCCCGAACGACACGGCGGAUAUGACCUCCAAGCAAAUCAAGAACAAGAUCAAUCCCAAGGUUGUUCUUGAGAUUCGAGUCGGAAAGGCCAUGAUCAGCAAGGGUCUUGAUGUGAUCGUUGAGGACAUGUCCUUUUCUGGCAUCAUGCAACUCAAGAUCAAGCUACAGAUCCCUUUCCCUCACAUUGAAAAGGUGGAGAUGUGCUUCUUGGAAAAGCCCACGAUUGAUUACGUUUGCAAACCUCUCGGUGGUGAGACUUUCGGAUUCGAUAUCAACUUCAUUCCUGGACUCGAGUCUUUCAUCCUCGAGCAAAUCCACGGCAAUCUUGCUCCCAUGAUGUACUCCCCCAACGUGUUCCCCAUUGAAGUCGCCAAGAUGCUGGCCGGAACCCCAGUUGACCAGGCUAUUGGCGUGGUUGCUGUUACUCUCCAUGGCGCUCAGGGCCUCAAGAACCCUGACAACUUCUCUGGUUCGCCCGAUCCGUAUGCCGCCUUGACCUUGAAUCGCCGCCAGCAGCUUGCCCGCACAAAGCACGUCAAGGACACUGGAAGCCCGCGCUGGAACGAGACUCACUACAUUAUCAUCACCUCUUUCAACGACUCUUUGGAUAUCCAGGUAUUCGAUUACAAUGACUUCAGGAAACACAAGGAGCUGGGCGUGGCAUCAUUUGCCCUUGAUCAGGUUGAGGAACUGGCUGUUCACGAGAACGAAGUCCUGGAAGUCAUUGCAGACGGCAAGGCUCGAGGUCAGCUUUCCUGCGAUAUUAGAUUCUUCCCAGUCAUGGAGCCCAAGAAGUUGGAAGACGGCAGCUUGGAGCCCCCGCCAGACUCCAACACGGGCAUUCUUAGAUUCACAGUGGAGCAGGCCAAGGACUUGGAUGGCACCAAGAGUCUUGUCGGCCUUCUCAACCCCUACGCCACUCUGCAUCUCAACGGCCGAGACGUCCACUCUACAAAGAAGCUAAAGAGGACUAACAACCCGAUCUGGGACAAUGGCUCGAAGGAGAUGUUGAUUACUGAUAAGAAGAACGCUAAACUUGGAGUCACGAUCAAAGACGACCGCGAUCUCACGGGCGACCAGGUCAUCGGCAAGUACCAGAUCAAGCUUGAGGAUAUGCUGGAGUGCAUGGGCAAGAGCCAGGAGUGGUUCCACCUCUCUGGCGUCGCGACCGGUCGCGUGAAGAUGAUGGCCCAAUGGAAGCCGGUUGCUCUGUCUGGCGUGGUUGGUGGAACAGGAGGCUACGUCACCCCGGUUGGUGUUAUGCGUUUCCACUUCAAGAACGCAAAGGACCUUCGCAACUUCGAGACUCUCGGCAAAUCCGACCCCUAUGUGCGUGUUCUUCUCUCCGGCAUUGAGAAAGCUCGCACGGUUACCCAUAAGAACACUCUUGAUCCCGACUUUGAUGAGGUCCUCUACGUUCCAGUACACUCGGCUCGCGAGCGCCUCACGCUCGAAGUCAUGGACUCUGAGAAGAUGGGCAAGGACCGCAGUCUUGGUUUGAUUGAAGUAUUCGCCGGCGACUACAUCUCGCAAGCUGAGAACGGCGAGUACAACGUGCACGAUCAGAAGAAAACCUUCCAAGGAGGCCUGCAGCUUCAUGGCAAGGGCAUCGCAAAGGGUGUUCUGACCUACACGGUAUCCUUCUUCCCUUGUCUCAAUGUUGCCGACCCUGAAGACGAGGAGGAAGAGGCGGAGGCGGCUGCGGCCGCGAAGGCGAUUGAGGAUGCCCCGCGAUCGUCAGAGGCUGGUAAAUUCAGCAGCUCCAUGGAGAAGAAGACCGAGGAGAAGAAGGAUGGAACCGAAUUGGAAAUCAGCCCGCCAAAGACACCAGUCACUCCCGUCUCACCAACUAUGCCCAGGAAAUCCAAGGAUGAGAGCGGCCCGCCUAAGAUCCGGCUGUCUCCUCAGGAGCUCCUCAAGUACGAGUCUGGUCUCUUGAUCUUCAAGCUCAUGGAAGCGGAGAUGCCUGAGCACAACACGCACCUGGAAGUCUGGGUCGACGACAUGGCAUUCCCCUCAUAUACCUCGUCUGCCGCCAAGCACAAGAAGCACGCAUUUGAUGAAAUUGGCGAUUGUUUCAUCCGAGAGCUCGACUUCUCUCGUCUUACACUCAAGGUCCGUGAGAAGGGCGACAAGGUCGAGGGCAGCGACAAGGACAAGGACCACACCAUCGCCAAGCUGCAGGGAAACACUUUGGACACGCUGAAGCAGUGCCUGAACAACCCCACGACUCUCAAGUUGAAAGACAAGGAAAACCGGCCCAGCAGUGUCAAGGUCAGCCUCAAGUAUAUUCCCGUCAAGAUGCAGCUGGAUCCGAGCGAAAGUAUCAACAACAUGGGUACCCUCCGCGUCGAUGUUUUGGACGCCCAAGACCUCCCGUCAGCCGACUCAAAUGGCAAGAGCGACCCUUACUGCAAGUUUGAGCUCAAUGGCGAGGAUGUGUACAAGACCAAGGUUCAGAAGAAGACGCUGCACCCUGCCUGGAACGAAUUCUUUGAAGUUCCCGUCCCAUCGAGAACGGCUGCCAAGUUCAAGGUCACUGUGUGGGACUACGAUUUCGCCGACAAGCCCGACUUCCUUGGAGCUGCCGACAUCAACCUUGAGCAGUUGGAUCCCUUUAGACCUAGCGAGAGUCGACUGAUUCUGGAUGGAAAGUCGGGCACAGUCAGAUUGAGGAUGCUUUUCCGGCCCUCGUAUGUCACUCGAACUCGCCAAGGCACCUCCACCUUUUCUGGAACAUUCGCGGCGCCUGGAAGAAUCGUCACGGGCAUUGCUGGCGCACCCAUCAAAGUUGGCAGCACCGUUGGUCACGGCGUGGGCAAAGGUGCUUCUUUCCUCAAGCGCGGCUUGUUUUCCAGAAAGGAGGAUGACGCAGAUGGUGCGUCGUCUAGUUUCAACGACAUCCCGACCAUUGUCGAGAAUGGAGGCAGCCCUCCUGGGCCGACACCUGGCCUCGGACUCAAGCGGGCAACAGGGUUCUCCACAUCGGAUGGGAGUGAAUCCCCUGAUACGCGACCGGGCACCUCCAAUGGCUCUACACUGGGUGGUCACGCGCGUAAACAGAGCAACGGAGCCGCCUCUGUUCACAGCUUGAACCCAGGUUCUCCCGGCUCAGGAAGCGCCUCUUUCACCGUCGUGUCUGCAACGGGAUUCCCUCCCUCAACCGACCUGUACAUCAUCAUCAACCAGUUGACGCCCAAGCCCAAGGCAAUCGGCAAGACCAAGCACCAUAAGGACGCCACCGGUUUCUUCCGAUUCAACGAGACUUUCAAGACCACAUGCACACCCGAUACCCAAUUCAAGAUCGAGGCCAAGGGCGAGCACACCCUCAGAAGCGAUGACGACCUGGGCGAAGCCCUGUACUUUGUGGAUGAAACUGGAACUGGGGCCGAGAAGGAGAUCAAGGUUGGAAGCGGAACGGUCAUCAUGAAGAGUACCUUCGUCGCGUCAGCCAGCACCUUGGACCCUGAUAGCCCCAAGUCGAUCGUUCGCCGCAGCUUCAUGAGCAAGCGUGAGAGUCGCAGCAGAGAGGGAACACCGAGCUAAUUGAUUUGGUUCCAGCUCUUGUGUCGAACCUCGUUUCUGGACUGUAACUGUUUUCUUCAUACGUCCUUUUCCUUUGAUAACAAAAAGCUUUUUGACCUCUUUCAGAUACCUUGGAUGUUGCCCAUCAAGCUGGCGAUACCAUCCACUAAUGAGUCUUUUUCAUUAUAAUCUUCUCAUUUAUUUUGUACUGGAGGGCGUAGGCGGAGGUUUCAGGGAGGCGGUCGGGUAGGGCGUGGACUUGUGGUAGAGAGAGCAGGGCAAAUAGGUCCAUAGCUUCUUGUAGUGAAGAUGCAAUUCCAGCUAUCCAAUGUCACUGAGCCAGCUCCAUAAGCCCUUAUGCUGCAUCAACCUCAAAAAACUUGCACCUUGUCUUGAUUCAGAUCAACUAUCAGAGAUCAUUUGGUCCAUUAUUUUUCGCCUUGUCUAGGGGUAGG